UGUCUCUCCUUCGAUCUGCAUCGAUUCCAUCGGAAUCGGGGGCCCUCGUAAUGGCCGACUUGCAGGAAAAACGCCGGAGCUCUUCUUCCAGUUCCAGCGAUCUCUCGGUCAGAGUUCAGCAUGAAGUGCCUGAUGGUGUUGGGAGUGGAAGUAGCAAAGGAAUUGGAAUGGAUGGUAGUAGAGAUGCCGCUAAUGGUGCCUCACUUGAUAAUGGUGGCAGUAGCUCUUCUGGGAUUUCUGGGAGAGGGUUGUGUAAAGUGAGCACAUUACCUAUAGGAAUAUCACAUACUGAUAAGUUGGAGUCAAAUUCAAGCCAGUCUAAGUUGGAAAGAUCCAAAACAGAGAGACAGAGACAUCUACGGCCCGAGGAUGCGGCACAAAUUUUUGAUGACAAAAUUCCUGUCCAAGAGAAGCUUAAAUUGUUAAACAGAAUAGCUACUGUAAAGGGUGAUGGAACUGUAGAAUUUGAAGUUCCAGGAGAUGUAGAACCUGAAGCCCUCAGGGCUCAAUCCAAACAUGCAGAUAAUGUAGUUGAUGAUGAUUCGCUUGAUGCAACAGACCUUCAAUACAUACCGCCAUUACAGAUAGUAAUGCUUAUUGUUGGUACACGUGGUGAUGUGCAACCAUUUAUUGCAAUAGGCAAACGAUUGCAGGACUAUGGUCAUCGUGUUAGGUUAGCUACACAUUCAAAUUUUAAGGAGUUUGUCCUGACAGCUGGCUUGGAGUUUUAUCCGUUAGGCGGUGAUCCAAAAGUCCUUGCUGGUUAUAUGGUUAAAAAUAAGGGCUUCCUUCCAUCAGGACCUUCUGACAUACCUAUUCAGCGAAAUCAAAUCAAGGAGAUCGUUAACUCCUUGCUUCCAGCCUGUAAGGAACCUGAUAUUGAUUCUGGUGUCUCCUUCAAAGCGGAUGCAAUUAUUGCCAAUCCACCAGCAUAUGGGCAUACCCACGUGGCAGAAGCACUGAAAAUACCAAUACAUAUAUUUUUCACUAUGCCAUGGACACCAACCAGUGAAUUUCCACAUCCUUUGUCCCGUGUUAAGCAACAAGCUGGUUAUAGGCUUUCAUAUCAAAUUGUCGACUCAUUGAUUUGGCUGGGAAUUCGCGACAUGAUUAAUGAUCUUAGGAAGAAAAAGCUGAAGUUGCGACCAGUCACGUAUUUGAGUGGUUCACAAGGCUCUGACACUGAUGUUCCACAUGCAUAUAUAUGGAGCCCUCACCUUGUUCCUAAACCAAAAGAUUGGGGACCAAAAAUUGAUGUGGUUGGGUUUUGCUUCCUCGAUCUUGCAUCAAACUAUGAACCUCCUGAAUCCCUCGUAAAAUGGCUUGAAGCUGGUGACAAGCCCAUUUAUAUUGGAUUUGGUAGCCUGCCUGUUGAAGGGCCAGAAAAAAUGACUCAAAUAAUUGUGCAAGCACUGGAGAAAACUGGACAGAGAGGCAUCAUCAAUAAAGGAUGGGGGGGUCUUGGGAAUUUGUCAGAACCAAAGGAUUCAAUAUACUUAUUGGAUAAUGUUCCUCAUGAUUGGCUUUUCUUGCGCUGCAAGGCUGUGGUGCAUCAUGGAGGCGCUGGAACAACUGCUGCUGGAUUAAAAGCUGCUUGCCCAACAACCAUAGUUCCUUUCUUUGGUGAUCAACCGUUCUGGGGUGACAGAGUGCAUGCCAAAGGAGUUGGUCCUGCACCUAUUCCUGUUGAUGAGUUUUCGCUGCCCAAGUUAGUUGAUGCAAUAAAUUAUAUGCUAGAUUCCCAGGUAAAGGAACGUGCUGUAGAACUUGCUAAAGCCAUGGAAAAUGAAGAUGGUGUAGCAGGCGCCGUGAAAGCAUUUUACAAGCAGCUUCCUCGGAAGAAGUCAGAGGCAGAGGCAGAGGCAGAGCCAACGCCUUCAAGUUUAUUUUCUAUAAGUAGAUGUUUUGGUUGUUCUUGAUUUAAUGUAAAUUGUUCAGGGCCCACCUCAUUCCAUCUCUAUUUUUAAAUCACGAUAUUGAUACUACAAUCAUAGGAUGUGCUCAGCCCUUCAUCCUUACCAUAAGGUUACCAAAUGCUGCGUAUGCUCAAUGCUUUUAUUAACAAAAUUCCAUUUUAGUGUUAAUGCAUGUAAUUAUUCUAAUUCAGGAUGACUGAUGUUUUAUAAUACGAGCAGGUGUUGAAAGGUUUUGUUUUUGUCA